UUAUAGCUAACAUGGCAAAGCCAAAAUCUUAUCUGAUCAAUUACCACUAUCGCUAUCUUCUUAGUUUGUUGAUAUUCACGUGUACAUGUUCAGCACGCCAAUUACCACGUCAGCCAAGUGAGUUCAACGAGUGCCAACUUGAUAGCAUUGAUGCAUUGGAACCUGACAACCGCAUCCAAUCCGAAGCUGGUUUGACUGAAAUCUGGGAUGCUAAUCAUCACCCUGAGCUACGAUGUGCUGGUGUCUCUGUUCUCAAACGAACUAUCAAUACUAAUGGCCUUCACUUGCCAUCUUAUGUUGCAUAUCCUGAGCUCCAUUUUGUAGAACAAGGAACGGGAGUAUUAGGAAUGGCAAUUCCUGGUUGUGCAGAGACAUAUGAAGAGCCACAAUGGGAAAAAGGAGGAAGGCCACAACUACAACAGGACCGUCACCAGAAAGUUCGUUACCUGAAACAGGGUGACCUUAUAGCUAUUCCACCUGGAGUUCCUUACUGGACAUACAAUUACGGUGAUACCCCUCUCAUUAUCAUCACUCUCCUUGAUACUUCCAACAAACUAAACCAACUCGAUCGAAUCCCUAGAAGAUUCUAUCUUGCUGGUAAUCCAGAAACAGAACAUCAAGAAAAACAGAGUGGAAGAAAGCACGGUGAAGAACAAGAAGAAGAAAGCAACAACAUGUUCAGUGGGUUUGAUUCACGUUUCUUAGGACAAGUUUUGAAAGUGAAAGAAAGCAUCAUUAAGAAGCUUCAAUCUCCAGAUGAAGAACAUAGAAAGCACCAAAUCAUACACGUGAAAGGAGGUCUCAGCAUUAUAAGACCACCAUUGGAACCAGAAAUAAGAUCAGAAGAGGCAAAAACACACAGAGAGCAUCAUGGAGAAAAGAAAGUAGAGGAAGAAGAAGUGGUUGAAGAUGAACCUGGUAAACGAGAACAUCGUAAAUGGCGAAAAGAGACAAGACAACACAGAGAAGGUGAAGGUGAAGGAGAAGAAGAAGAAGUUGUAGAAGAAAAAGAAACGAAAACUAAAGAGCGUUUUUCUCACCAUGGUGAAAGAAAAACAAGACGCGGUGAGAGAAGAGAAGCAGAGGAAGAAGAAUUGAAAGAAGAGAAACAAAGCAGAACAAGAACCAGAGAACACGAGGGACAAAGAGGUAAUUUUCUCGAGGAAACUGUUUGCACUUUGAAGCUUCAUGAGAAUAUUGCUGAUCCUUCACGCGCCGAUGUUUUCAACCCAAGAGCUGGUCGUAUAAACACAGUCAACAGUUUGACUCUUCCGGUUCUCAAAUCGCUUCAUCUUAGUGCCCAAUGGGUUAACCUCUACAAGGAUGGUAUAUUUGUGCCACAUUGGAACAUGAAUGCGAACAGUGUCUUGUAUGUAACAAGAGGGAGAGGGUGGGUGCAAGUAGUAAAUAAUGAAGGGAAAUCGGUGUUCAAAGGAGAGGUUAAAAGGGGUAAAUUGUUGGCGGUGCCACAGAAUUUUGCGGUGGCGGAACAAGCUGGGAAUGAGGGAUUGGAAUACAUAGUUUUUAAAACGAAUGAUAGAGCUGAGAUUAGUACAAUGAUAGGACGUGAUUCUGCUAUAAGUGCUACACCUGCUGAAGUACUUGGUCAUGUUUUUGGGCUUAGUCCACAGGAAGUGAAUGAGCUUAAGAAUAAUCGUAAUGAGGGUGUUUUGGCUACUCCUGAUUCAAGAAUCCAUGAUGGCUAUAUUGCCAUGGUGUAAUGUAAUCUUUUGAUGUAAGAUUACUAGCUAAUAUGUAAAAUAAAGGAAUAAUACUGAUAAAUUUUGUCAUUGCUCUUGUAAUGUAACCUAUAAAUGGUUGAUUAAGGUGUUAAUGCAAACAUGGCCAUAAUGUGUUGA